GAGCUCAACAGAAUCUCUGGAGGUCUCGAAGAUUUAGUAAAUUCGAGUAAUUAAAAAAAAAAGUGGUCCCAAAUGUUCAAUACAGGCCAGGUCGCAAUGUAGUGUUGGCACGACGCUAAAAUCUCCCUUGCUGAAAAUUCAUUAAACUUGUCUCUCUUUAGGGCCGGGCAGGGGGUGUGCUUCCGACAAACUUGAGCGCAACUAGCUAAAGAGAACAGAAAGUAAAAACUCACAUGUUCCGUCCGCAGUUGCCUCUGGAACCCGAUCAGGCGGUGAAUCCGAAAUUAUGACACUGGGCGAUUAAAGGGAAAGAAAUCUGUACCGUGCAAAGGGUAUUUUCAACCGACUGUAAAGAACUCUCCGGUUGCUAGCAAGUUAGCUAGCCGAAGACGGUUGUUUGAGGCAUGGAUUUGGAGCGACAGAAGCGUAAGGAAGACAUCCAGAAAGCCCUGGGAUUCAUACAGUCAUCUUUGCCAUUCCCAGAUCCAGAAAAUUAUGAGCUCUUUCUCACGCAGCUGGUGUGCAACCUGCUGGAUGAGGGGAACACGGUUUUUCGGGACGGGGACUUCCGGCAGGCGGCGGUGCAUUACAGCGAGGGGGUGAGCGUGGCGCGCUACGCGCAGACGGAGGCGCUGGUCAUCCCGCCGGGGCUGCUGGAGAGCCUGUAUGUGAACCGGGCCGCCGCGCACUACGACAUCGGGGAGUACGAGCGGGGCGUGCAGGACUGCGACAGCGCGCUGGCCGUGUGCGAGGGCAGCCGCAGGGCCCUGUACAGGAAGGCGCUGUGCCUGCGGGAGCUGGGCCGGCUGAAGGAGGCCUACGAGUGCGGCACCGGCUGCCUGCUCAUCACGCCGCACGACAGGCAGGUGAGCGAUCUGGCCCAGGACCUGGCCAAUAAACUGGGGCUAAAGAUCCGCAAAGCCUACGUCAGCCCACAGACGGAGCCUGCCACAGCCGUAGGAGAAAGCAAUGGAGACACGGCGCCCCCUACAGCAGAGAUGGCUGCUAAUGGUCUGGACUCUUUAAAUGGCAUUUCAACAGUGGAUUUGAGCAGCGCCCAGUGCAUCCCCGCCCCCUUGGCCACGCCCAUUCCCGUCAGCGACGAGCAGUCGCCCACCUCCGUGGCCCCCCAGGACCUCCCGGAGAGCCCGUGCCAGGGCCUGCCGCGGGUGCCGUACUCCGUGCCGGUGUCGGAGCACCUGGAGGAGUGUGAGGUCAUCAGCGGCCAGAUGGACGGCCUGCUGGACUGCCUCUCUAAGGGCGCAGAAGUCAGCGUGCCUGUGCAGGGCGCCAUCCCCACCAACCUGCCCAACACGGCGCUGUGCCUGCGCUCGCCCUACGUGUCCAGCCGGCCCCACGCCCCCUCGUCCCCCCAGCCCCCCGCCCUCUUCUCCGGCUCCGUGGAGUCCUACGGCGGCCGGGGCGCGGGCGACACCUCCACGCAGGCGCUGGACGCCAUCGACCCCUACGGCCCCGGGGCGGGCACGGCGUGCACGGGCGGAGCCGGGGGGCUGGACUCCCUGUCUGAGUUCACCAUGCCGGGAGGAAGAAUUUCUCACAAUUUCAUCCCUGGACUUCGUAAUCACAACUCCUCCCACACUGUGAGCAAGCAGAACAGCCCAGCUGGCACCAACCUCUCCCUGCUCUCUCGAAACCCCCUGGCGGCCACUCACGAGUUCCGACAGGCGUGCCACGCCUGCUACAGCCGAAUAGGUCCCCGGGUCAUGGACUAUCAGUACCAGCCCGACGCUGCCCACCGCUGCAAGCGGGACGUCCUGCUGUGCCGGCUCAAAGGGCAGGAGGACACCUCCUGGAAGAGGAUUCGGCCCCGUCCCGCCCGCAACAACUUCCUGGGGGCGUUCGUGCUCUGCAAGGAGGUGCAGGAGCGGCAGGAGUGCAAGUACGGGGAGAACUGCACCUUCGCGUACUGCCAGGAGGAGAUCGACGUGUGGACGCAGGAGCGCAAGGGCGCGUUGAGCCGCGAGCUGCUGUUCGACCCGCUGGGCAGCACCGAGAGACGGGCGCUCAGUACCCCCCGCCUGCUGCAGCUGCACAUGGGCAUGUUCAUGUUCCUCUGUGAGGAGUGUUUUGACAGUAAGCCUCGCAUCAUCAGUAAGCGCAGUAAGGAGAACCUGGCCGUCUGCUCCAACCUCACCGCCCGCCACCCCUUCGACGACAACAAGUGCCUGGUGCACGUGGUGAGGUCUGCCAACGUGCGCUACAGCAAGGUGCGGCCGCUGCACCCGCUGUGCCAGUUUGACGUGUGCCGGCACGAGGUGCGCUAUGGCUGCCAGCGUGAGGACAGCUGCUCCUUCGCCCACUCCGUCAUCGAGCUCAAGUGCUGGGUGCUGCAGCAGGACACCGGUAUCACCCACGAGGAGAUGGUUCAGGAGUCCAAGAGACACUGGCACAGGCUGGAGCAGAAUGCACAGAGGCAGAAGGGCCACCAGCCCAUUCACAUGCCACACCCCCAUACUGGGGGCGGCGUCACUGAUGUCAUGGGAGGUGGAGGGGGGGGUGGAGGAGGAGGAGGAGGCGGUGGAGGUGGAGGUGGGGGAGGAAGAGCCAAGGGGCUGAACCUGAAGAUGAAGUUUGUGUGUGGCCAGUGCUGGAGGGAUGGGCAGGUCAACGAGCCAGACAAGGCGCUCAAGUACUGCACCGCCAAAGCACGGCACAGCUGGACGAAGGAGAGGCGGGUCCUGCUGGUGAAGUCCUUUGAGAAGAAGAAGUGGGUGGUGGUUCGACCGCUGCCCUUCUCCCGCACGUACCCUCAGCAGUAUGACAUGUGCGUCCACGUCAUGAAACAGAAGAAGUGUCACUAUAUCGGGAACUGCUCCUUCGCCCACAGCCUGGAGGAGAGGGACGUCUGGACCUACAUGAAGAACAACAGCUUGAGAGACAUGCAGCAAAUGUACGACAUGUGGCUGGCCUUGACCAAUCAGAACCGACGGCCAGAUGGCACCUUGCUAACCCCGCCUCCCGAGGAGAAACCAAUCCCCAUGCCGAGCGACUAUGCUGAGCCAAUGGUGAGUGGCUGGCCAACGUUGUCAUGGUACCAGGGCCAAAUGCCAUGGUGACACACAUUGCCCUGACCCGUGGGGUUGGAGCACGGCAUGGCAGUCGUACUGACUUUACUGUACAUAGUACAGUGCCCCCCCCCCCUCGCUCCCCCCCACCCAAGGCCUGGAUAUCCAUGAACCUCGUUGCCCUAAAUCAUCUGUCCUCUUCAGGAACGAGGCCAUCUGUGAGUCACUGGCAGUCCUCGUGUCAUGUGUUCAUUAACCCUUGGUUGACUGAGAUGCCAGUCAUCUGCCCUUUGCCGAAUCCCUUCUCAAGCUGUUACCCUUUGCAGUAUGCAUUGAGGCAUUUUGCAGACGCUCUCACCCAGAGCAGAGUACAAUAAGUACAUGUUAGGCUGGAUAGAGAACCGGCAUCACGGAUACGUCCAAGCCAACUGCAGUAUGUAAAUACGUGCAAGGGUAGAAGAACAGUGGUAGACCUAGAACAUAGAUGAAGUCACGGACUGAACUGAGCCAAUUAGUUGGACAGAUAGAAACUGUAGUUUGAUAGAUCAACAAACGAACUGGAGUUAAAUUGUAUUCUUUUCAAUCAUCUAUUUAGUAAUCAUUGGGUGGUACGGCAGGGGAUUAAAUGGUCCAACCAGUCAUCCUGGACCCUUUUCCCUGUGAAAACCUAAAAGUUGCGUGUUGCUUUAGGCCUGCAUUGCACGUCACUACCUGCAUCAAUCUUGCAGUGCUGGCUAACAACAGUGACGUAACCAGACUUACUGAAAGUGCGUAGAUAAACGCACUCGGAUAACACCCUUGCGGCCUGACUACUCUGUGAAAUGUGCUCUGUGAAAUGUGCAAUCCUCUCCUAUAGGACCUAUAGAGAAUUCGGUCAGUGCAGCGAUUCGCUGUGUCGUAUGGGAGUCUGCAAAAUUAGCCAUGUUGUGGCCGUGACGACAAUUGGGUAUUAAAUCAGACUGUUAAGGCUUGUGUGAAGCAUCUGUGAACGCGAUGCGGGGUGCAUUCGUCGUGAUAUCUCACUGUCAAAACGCUGUACUGCACUUGAGUGUAACUGGACGUCUGUGUUUUACACGCUGAUUGAAUAAAAGCUUUGUCAGAUCA